UGUCGCGUGAAGAACACGUGAUGAAACGUCACGAAACGUCAUCCUUAAUGCGACGACGAGGGUCUCCACGCUGCUUAUUAAAAAGGUGGCACUUACAUGGUUUCAACUCUAUAUUAUUUCUCUGUCCUAAACCAUGGAGAAAAAAUGCUCCUUCGGGAAGACGCGUAAACCCGCGAAGGUGAAAGACGACACCGACCCUGUCAAAAAUUUCGAGAAAUGGAAGAAAAAGUACAACAAGACGAAAGAGCGAGUGAAACGAGAGAGAGCACAGAGGAAGAGGCCCGAGUGGCAGGUCGAACGGGAGUACAUCGAAAGGCUUGUUAGCAGGUACGCCGACAUAAAUAUCAAGGAGGCUGUCAAGUUUUCAGACUUUCCCAUCUCAAAGAAAACCUUGUUAGGUUUGCAGGAGGCUCAGUAUAGACAGCCCACGGAGAUUCAGCGGCAGACUAUAGGCUUCGCUUUGCGAGGUAAAGACGUCCUCGGCGCGGCAAAGACUGGCUCAGGCAAGACUUUAGCUUUCCUCGUACCGGUGCUGGAGUGUCUGUACCGCCAGCAGUGGAGCUCCGUGGACGGCCUCGGUGCUCUCAUUAUAUCCCCGACCAGAGAGCUCGCCUACCAGACAUUCGAAGUCCUCCGCAAGGUGGGCAAGAACCACGAGUUCUCCGCGGGGCUCGUCAUCGGCGGUAAAGACCUCAAGAGCGAAUCGGAGAGGAUCCACCAUACCAAUAUUGUCAUCUGCACCCCAGGCCGGCUGCUCCAGCACAUGGACGAGACAGCCACCUUCCACGCCUCCAGCCUCCACAUGCUAGUCCUAGAUGAGGCGGACCGCAUCCUUGACAUGGGCUUCGCGGACACACUCAACGCCAUCGUGGAAAAUCUUCCAAAGUCUCGACAGACGCUGCUGUUCUCCGCCACGCAGACCAAGUCCGUUAAAGACCUGGCCCGGCUCAGCCUCAAAGACCCAGAGUACGUGUGGGUUCACGAGAAGGCCAAGUUUAGCACUCCUGCCACGCUCGAGCAGAGCUACGUAGUGUGUGAGCUCCACCACAAGGUCAACAUGCUCUACUCGUUCAUCAGGAACCACCUAAAGAAGAAGAUCAUCGUCUUCUUUGCCUGCUGCAAGGAGGUGCAAUACCUUUUCAGGGUCCUUUGUCGCCUCAGACCUGGCAUGCCCAUCUUGGCUCUGCACGGUAAGCAGCAGCAGAUGAAGAGAGUGGAGGUUUACAAUGACUUCCUCCGAAAGCAGAAUGCUGUGCUCCUCGCCACUGACAUCGCCGCCAGAGGCCUGGACUUCCCUGCGGUCAACUGGGUGCUGCAGUUUGACUGUCCGGAAGAUGCAGACACUUACAUCCACAGGGUGGGCCGGACCGCCAGGUACAAAGAGGGGGGGGAGGCUCUGCUGUUGCUGCUCCCCUCAGAGGAGAAGGGCAUGGUCAGCCAGCUGCAGGAAAAGAAGGUUCCCAUCAAUAAGAUCCAGGUGAAUGCGGAAAAACUGCAGAAUGUCAAGCAGAAGCUGGAGGCCUUCCUUGCUCAGGAGAAGGAACAGAAGGAGCGAGCUCAGAGGUGUUUUGUUUCCUACCUGCGCUCAGUCUACCUGAUGAAGAACAAAGAGGUGUUUGAUGUCUUUAAACUCCAGAUUGAGGAGUACGCACUUUCUCUGGGCCUCGCUGUGGCUCCGAGGGUGCGCUUCUUAAAUAAAGCUCAGGCACUGAGAGCUGAGAAAGGACAAAGAGAGGAGCAGUCUGAAGAAGAGGAGGAGCUUAGGAGCUUUAAGGCACGGCUGAGAGGAAAAGAUCCACAUGAGGAAAGUCAGACCUCCAAGUCAGAAGAUUCAGAUAAUGAGGAGGAAAGUGAUAACAAAACACUGGUGGAUGAACCCAAGACACCACUUCUUGGUGAAGAGGAUGAAGAUGAUCUAAGAGACUUGGACCUGCUGACAGUCAAAAGAAGGGAUGUCUUCAAUCUGACAGAAGAAGAGGAUAGUCUAGAGGAACCUGCUACAACAUUCAAAAAGAAAAUGGGGAAGGAUACAAAGUUCAAAGAAGCCAAAAAGGUCCUAAAAAGAAACUUCCAAGUCAACACCAAAGUGUCUUUCAAUGAACAGGGAGAGGGUGUGCAGCUGUGGCCGCCAGUCCAAUGUGCAGUGACAGGUGAGGGAGGGGAAGAGGAGGAGGAGGUGUCAGGUAUCAACGUGGAGAAGGCCAGGGAGAGGCUGAAACGUGAGGACCAGGAGUUUGACAAGCCAGAGUACAGCCGUAAAGUGAAAGCUAAACACAGAGAGGAGAGGCUGAAAGCGAAAGCAGCCAGGAGGGAGGCAAGCAAGAAGUACGGACAGAAAUCUGAAGAGGAGGACGAGGUGGUGGCGUACCUGGCAAAUCACAGCGAAGAUGAGUUUGACCCCAGCACCCUGCCAGAUCCUGACAAACUGCAGUCCGAGAAUGAUGAGGAUCAGAUGAGGUCCGCUAAACGUCAGCACAUCAGUGAAAGCAGUGAUGAACAAGAGGAGCACACAGCAGAGAAGAGGAAGAAAGUGAGGCAUCUGUAUGAUGAGCACACAGCCCUAGACACAGGUCUCUCUCUGGCUGAGGACGAGCAGUUAGUCUUACAUUUGCUAGGAGGACAGAGGUAGACAAAAAGGAGAGGAGUUGAGGGAUUCAUGGAGGGUUUACAGAUAUAAUGACGUUAUCAGUUAAAGUUAGAUUGUAACCGCAAAGUUCAGUGAGAACAUCAUAAGACAAACUCAAGACUACAUGCUAAUUCUACCCAUUUGAGACUGGAAUGUGUUCACAUUGGAAAACUGACUGAUGUAAAAUGGUACAGCAUUUUAAUGUUGUAUCCCCAUAAGUUUGAGGACAUGCCAUGCCCAUAAUUUGUAAAAUAAAUAAAUGAAUACUCUGCAUAUUUUGUACCAUAUCUUACCAAACAAAGAGGAAAUCUAAAAAUAUUGGCCCUAUGUGAAUCAACAGGUGGAGAUGUAUUUCUGUUUUCCAUUGAAUGAAAAUUUGAUUGCGGCUCACAUGUUCAACAGAAGUUAACAUCUGUGCUGUGAGAUUGGUUUUAUUGAUGUUUAGGUGAUGACAGACUCUUUAGAGCA